AUGUCUCUCUACAAGCAAUUGGAUAAAUGCCUCAUAUCUUGUCUCGAAGACUUAGAGUUCCUCCCACUAAACGAAAUCAGUGCUAGAGUGACUGAGGCCAACAUCAAGUCGGAAAUACCGGUCAGGAAGCGAUGCUUCUCAAAUCGCAGUCUGCCACGAACGAUACUAAGCCAGGCCAGAUGCGUGUUUUCCAUCUUAGUUCUCAUUCAAGAAACGCAUGCCAUUAUUGAUCUUGUGUGUCGGGAUAACAUCAAGGAUGAAGAUCUUCCCCUCGCUCGACAAACACUGAUUGGAGAUAACGAAAACGUCCUUAUAUCUCCCAAGACUGGCAAGACUUUCUCCUCAUUUUCAUUCUGGCCGAGGGAGGCAAGAGUGCGAGACUUUCUGAAAUUUCAGUGGUUGGUGCAAGCGCCUGUGCUGGACCUUCUUUGUCAGCAUAUCUCACUGGAUUCAAAGUGCCCUCUUCCCCUAAUAGAUUGUGUCAUGAAAUGCAAAAGUGGCCCGAACAGCGUUCUACACAAAUGCAAGAUCCACGGGGCUCACCAGACACUCUUCAAGAAUGAUCCUGAGCCAUAUGUGGCUGUAAAGGAGGUUGCCAACGACGAGGCUUUCAAAAAGGAAAAGGAAAAUCUGGAGCUUAUACAAUCCCUCAAGCAUGAACACCUUAUCACAUUAAUCGCUACCUGUCAGAAGGGACCCGUUUGCUACUUCAUAUUUCCUUGGGCCGAUGGCGGAGAUCUAAGAGACUUUUGGAAAGGCAAUGAUUCACAAAAAAGGUCCCAGGAACUCAUCUUGUGGUCCCUUCGCCAGAUGCUCGGUAUCGCCAGUGCGAUCAAUGCCCUGCAUGGAAAAAAUACCCGACACGGAGAUAUCAAGCCGCAAAACAUCCUUCAUUUUCUCAAGGCGCAUGAUGAUGCUACCAUAGACAGUAGAGGAAGACUGAUACUUGCAGAUGUUGGAGUCUCCAAGAUCCACCGAGAGAUUACCAGCAUGAGGCAAGACCCCACCAACUGCCAACAGUCCACGGUCACAUACGAAGCACCUGAAGCACAGUCAGAUCAACGAGAGGGCAAGGCAAGAGCCCGCCGGUAUGAUAUGUGGUCUCUGGGCUGUAUGUUCCUCGAAUUCACUGUCUGGCUCGUCUUUGACUAUAGCACCGUCAGAAGUUUCAGAAAGUCAAGGCGUACCCGAGAUGAUCCCAAGGACGCCUUUGGAAGUUUCUUCGUCCAGAAUUCAGACAACCUGAUAAAGAUCCACCCGGCGGUUAUCGAAGCUAUCGGUCAUCUCCGAAGCCAACCACUUUGCAGUGACAAUACUGCAUUGGCUGAUCUCAUCCAGCUUAUUGAAGAUGACCUAUUGCAAGUCGACGUUCAAAGACGUGCGGAAGCUCCUGAACUCUUAAUAUGUCUAGAAAGGAUUACCUGUAAAGCCGAACAGAGCUAUAAUUACUAA